CUACAGUGCUACAAACAGACAAUUAUCAAAAGUGACUGCGGUAGUGCCAUAGAGAGAAAUAUGGUUAAUUCUAAUUGAGCUUUUCAUGUCUGAAGGAAAAUUUUAUCGGUUUAUUAUAGUUUUUUAAGUUUUUAAUUUCUAGAUAUUGCUUAAGCAGAAUGUCUGCAUCUGCCCAUAAACAUCGUUACAAGAAUUCGGCUCUUGACUCUGUGGAACUCCGACGACGGCGUGAGGAAGAAGGAGUUCAGUUAAGGAAACAGAAACGAGAGCAACAACUUUAUAAAAGACGAAAUGUAAACGUUGCACUGUUACCAGAUGAUUCGGAUCCUUUGCAAUUGGAAGGCGAUAUCAUUUCUCAAUCUGCCCCCGGAAUAACUCGUGCCAUGGUGCAAGAUUUGUAUAGUGAUAAUAUAGAAGACCAAUUAAAUGCCACGCAGAAGUUCAGAAAACUAUUAAGUAGGGAGCCUAAUCCACCGAUUGAUGAAGUUAUACAGACGGGAAUUGUUCCACGUUUUGUACAGUUUCUACAAAAUACAAACAAUUGCACAUUGCAGUUUGAAGCGGCAUGGGCGCUGACAAAUAUUGCUUCUGGUACAUCGCAGCAGACUCGGAUGGUGAUAGAAGAGGGCGCUGUUCCUAUUUUUAUUGCAUUACUUAGUAGUCCUUAUGAUGAUGUUCAAGAACAAGCAGUUUGGGCAUUGGGUAAUAUUGCCGGUGAUUCGCCUGAAUGUCGAGAUCAUGUCUUAGAUUCCGGUAUACUCGUACCACUUUUACAGCUUUUAAGUAAGGAAGGUCGUUUGACAAUGACCAGAAACGCCGUAUGGGCUCUAUCAAAUCUUUGCCGAGGCAAAAAUCCUCCACCUGAGUUUUCUAAAGUUUCUCCAGGUUUACCAGUACUUGCCCGCCUUCUAUUUCAUACAGAUGCAGACAUGCUAUCAGACGCAUGUUGGGCUCUUAGUUACCUUUCUGAUGGACCUAAUGAUAAGAUUCAGGCUGUUAUUGAUGCUGGUGUAUGCAGAAGAUUGGUAGAGCUGCUUAUGCACCAACAACCUAAUGUCGUUUCGGCAGCACUGCGAGCAGUUGGAAAUAUUGUCACUGGCGACGAUGUACAGACUCAAGUAAUUUUAAAUUGUAACGCAUUACCCUGUUUGCUUCAUUUAUUAAGUUCUUCAAAAGAAACUGUCAGGAAGGAAGCAUGCUGGACUAUUAGUAAUAUAACAGCAGGCAAUAGGCAACAAAUUCAAGCGGUUAUAGAUGCUAAUAUAUUCCCAGUUUUAAUCGAAAUAUUAGGUAAAGGUGAAUUUAAAACUCGGAAAGAGGCAGCUUGGGCCAUUACAAACGCGACGAGCGGCGGCACUCCUGAUCAAAUUAGGUAUUUGGUCGAGCAGGGUUGUAUUAGUCCAUUAUGUGAUCUACUUACUGUUAUGGAUGCGAAAAUUGUGCAAGUAGCUUUAAAUGGUUUGGAGAAUAUCUUACGGCUCGGUGAUCAGGAUGCAAAGAAUCAUUCAGGAACAAAUCCUUAUGCAGUACUUAUCGAAGAAUGUUAUGGACUGGAUAAAAUUGAGUUUCUGCAGUCUCACGAAAAUAUGGAUAUCUACCAGAAAGCCUUUGAUAUAAUUGAACACUUCUUUGGAACCGAGGAAGAGGAUUCUCGUGUCGCUCCAACGGUCGAUACUGAACAACAACAGUAUACUUUCGGACCUGAUCAAUCGGUACCAAUGGGCGGUUUUCAAUUUUAAUUGGUUCACAAUGAUAAGUAUCAAUGACAUAAGUGCCCCAUGAAUUUUAAUAAAAAAGAUUGUAUAUUAAAAUCUUGGACCUGCACAAUAAUUUUAUCAUAAUGUAGUUACUGAUAUGAUUCAAACAUCUUUUUUUUUAUGUCUGGAAAGUAAUUCGGCGCUAAUUCUUUAACACUUAGUCCAUUUUACAAAUGUAACAUAUUAAUUCCUGCAUGCUAUUGCAAAACUUUGAAUUCCCCGUUUAACUUAGCCAUUUUCUCUUUGUUUUAGCUAAAUAAUCGCUAGCAAAAAAAUUGCUAUAUUUUCUAUAGUCAUACAACAUCUUGUUAAGUUGGUCAGUAUAAAAGUAAGUUUGACUAAUUUUUGUGUUAUAUUUGUUAUUUGUAGAUAGUACAAUUUCUAAAUUCAUUAAAGGCACAUUCAACAUUAAAACCUUUACCUACCAUAUUAGUUGGAGCUUUCUAUUUAUGCUCUGCUUUUGUAUAGUGUAUGUCUUAUUUCUGUAUCAUAUGAAAACCAAUGUGAAAUAAACUGAUAUCCCACUGACUGUAAUGUGGCCAAUGACUUUUUACACUACCUACACGAUAUGAAUAGCAAUAUGUUAGCAUGCAUAUCUUAAACUAUUACAAGAUAUUUAACAUUGAGGUGUGUUAGUAGUGGUCCAUACUGUGAGCUUUGGAGCAAUUUAGAUUAUCUCUUGGGUAGUCUCAAUUUACACAGCCAAAACAAAGAUGCAGAGGAACAGUUCCUCAUUACAUAUCGUAGAGUAUUAUAAAAUAGCUUACUUGUAAAAUUGAAAAGUCGAAGGCUCACAUUAUUCAGAAAUUGUUUACAUUUGCAAGUGAAAAGUGAUUACUUGAUUAUAUAAGAAUGCUGAUUUCUUACCUCAAAAUACAUAACUAUAUAAAUAAACAAGGAAACAUUUUUGUGCUCGUUUGCUUUUCGUGUAAUUGUUACUCCAAUUAAAUUGGAGAAGUAUAGAUAUUUUUUCCAGAGGUUUUCAUCUAAAACAGAAAUGAAAUUAUUCAUUGUGUACUGUGCGUGCUUCAGAUUCGACUUAUCCAGUGUCAUCUCUUAUAAGUGCUAGGUUACAUAGUAUGCUAGCUUCACAAGUUUGUAUCUUUCUUCAAUUCAAGUUAAAAACAAAUAUUUGUUGAUUUCUUUCUUCAUUAGAUCUUAAGUAUUAGUCGUUUCAAUUUUUCAUUUUAAUUAAACAAAUUAUGAUAAAUAAACUAUAAGGUCACCUGUUCCUUUGGAAAAUACAUGUCAAAUUCUACCUAUCUAACUCUGAAAUAGCUAGCCAUAUGGAAUCUGGGACACCCAGUAUUUAAGCUUUGCUUUUGAUGUUACAAUUGUACUGCUCAACUAUCUUCCUAAAAUACAGCGUAAACCUUUUUGGAUAUGCAUGUUUAUUGUACAUAUCCUUGAGUCCUGAUAAAGUGGAUCUAGUUGAGGGUUACAGUUGGAUACAACUAACAUUAAUGUGUCAAUAAUAAUUGUUCUGAAGUGUCUUUAUAAAAUAAUUAAGACAUGUGUUAAUAAGAAUAAACUUGUUAUUUUUUUUAAAAUGUGAUAAAAUUUUUAAAUAAAGUGUUUUUUAAUUUGAA